UCCCCAAAAUAGCCCGGGGCAGUCUUUAUAACGCGGUGCAUCAGUCCUGGGCCAAGGGCCUGGAGGUGAGCUGCGGUGCCGGUGCCACGUCCUGCGAGUGCCCUAGGAGAGCAGGAGAGGAGCACGGUGACAGCCACAUCCCUGCAGCAGGGGACACAGCGAGACACGGCGGGGCCAGCACAGAGCUGCAGCCGGGAGGGCCGUGAGGGCCGCAGAGGAGGCAGCAGGGCAGCGAGGGGCAGGGCUGCGUGCUGAGCAGCCCCAUGCCGCUGUGCCUGAGGGCUGCUGCCGCCAGCAUGAGGGACUAUUGCCCGGCGCUGCCGCGGUACGGCCGGUGCACGCCGCGGUACGGCCGGUACGCGCCCCGGCUCCGGGCCUCCCGCACCGUGCGCUUCCCCAACGACGUCGUCUUCCAGGACCACAUCAAGCAGGGGGACCUGGAGCAGGUGGGCCGGUUCAUACGGGCCAGGAAGGUGACGCUGGACACCAUCUACCCUUCUGGCAUGGCAGCGCUGCACGAAGCCGUGCUGACGGGGAACCUGGACUGCGUCAAGCUCCUGGUCAAGUACGGCGCUGACAUCCACCAGCGCGACGAGAACGGCUGGACGCCCCUGCACAUGGCCUGCAGCGACGGCUACGCCGACAUCGCCAGGUACCUGCUGUCCCUUGGGGCCAGCCUGGAGGCCACCACGGACGACGGGGAGAAACCCUCGGACCUCAUCGACCCCGAGUACGAGGACCUGGUGCAGCUGCUGGGAGGCGCCGCGCUGCGCUGAGCCGGGACCGGAACACCGAGCGCCGCGGGCCGGCCCGGGGGCUGCGCCGGACCGGGAACCGGGGCUGCGCCGGACCAGGAACCGGGGCUAUUCCGGACCGGGAACCGGGACUAAGCUGGACCGGGAACCGGGACUAAGCUGGACCGGGAACCGGGGCUAUUCCGGACCGGGAACCGGGGCUAUUCCGGACCGGGAACCGGGGCUGCGCCUGCCUGGGAACCGGGGCUCGCCCGGGCUGGGCCCGGGCGGCCAACGGGCAGCAGCGCCCGGUACUGCGAAUCGCGAACCACUUUGUACUUUUCCAAUAAAGCAUCUCGGUUACCAUCUCC